AUGGUGGCUCUGCGCAAGGAGAAGGGAGGUCCCACUGGCCAGAAAGCUCCAGAGACCUCACAGCAUUGCGGAGCCUGGCGUGGAAUUGUUCGCUCCCUUCUGCUAUGCAGCAUGGGGCAUCGUACUCUAGCUUCUUUCCCGGCCCUGUGGGCCUCCAUCCCCUGUCCACGCUCGGAGCUGCGCCUGGACCUGGUUCUGGCUUCCGGACAGUCCUUCCGGUGGAGGGAACAAAACCCUGCGCACUGGACUGGAGUGCUGGCGAACCAGGUCUGGACACUGACCCAGACUGAGGAGCAGCUCUACUGUACUGUGUACCGAGGCGACAAGGGAUGGGUUGGCAGGCCUACACCAGAAGAGCUAAAGACUGUGCACCAGUACUUCCAGCUGGAUGUCAGCCUGGCUCAACUAUAUCACCAUUGGAGUUCUGUGGACCCCCACUUUCAAGAAGUGGCUCAGAAAUUCCAAGGUGUGCGACUCCUGCAACAGGACCCCAUCGAGUGCCUUUUCUCCUUCAUCUGUUCCUCCAACAACAACAUUGCUCGCAUAACUGGCAUGGUAGAACGGCUCUGUCAGGCCUUCGGACCUCGGCUCAUCCAGCUUGAUGAUGUCACCUACCAUGGCUUCCCCAGCCUGCAGGCUCUGGCUGGGCCAGAGGUAGAGGCUCAGCUCAGGAAGCUGGGCCUGGGGUACCGUGCCCGCUACGUGAGUGCCAGUGCUCGAGCCAUCCUAGAAGAACAGGGCGGGCUGCCCUGGCUGCGGCAGCUGCACAAGGCCCCUUACGAGGAGGCCCACAAGGCCCUCUGCACCUUGCCCGGGGUGGGCACCAAGGUGGCUGACUGCAUCUGCUUGAUGGCCCUAGACAAGCCCCAGGCCGUGCCCGUGGAUAUCCACAUGUGGCAGAUUGCCCAGCGUGACUACAGCUGGCACCCCACCACGUCCCAGGCCAAGGGUCCGAGCCCCCAGGCUAACAGGGAACUGGGAAGCUUUUUCCGGAGCCUGUGGGGACCUUAUGCUGGCUGGGCCCAAGCAGUACUGUUCAGUGCUGACCUGUGCCAACCCCACCGGGCUCAGGAGCCACCAGCAAAGCGCAGGAGAUCUACAGACCCAGAAGGCUACGUGGGGGGCACUGGACAAAGGGGUUCCCCAAAUACCUCUCCCCCCAUCCAGUUUUGUGUUGGGAAGGGGGCUUCCUGCAACUACCUUAGGGGCCAGGUGCACUCAAAUUAA